AAUCAUGCAAAGCUCACCGGUCGGCCGCCAAAAUUCAGCCUUGUCAAGAGAAACAUAAAUCAUCCACUCCCCCAACCUUUCUUCCUCAUCGCACCGACCUUUUCCUUCCUUUGACACCCAGAUCAUUCAUCCAAAUCGAACAAAAUGACAGACACCGACAAGCAAUGGGAACGCCAUAAAAACACCAUUAGUCGUCUCUAUCUUGCCGAAGGCUUGACCAGACACCAAGUCGUAGCCGAAAUGGCAGAAAAACAUGGUUUUCAUGCAGACGCGGGCCAAUACGAGCGACAGUUCAAGAAGUGGAAACUCCGCAAGGGAUUGAAACCUGACGAAUGGAAAAAAGUUGCUCGACGUGUCCAGAAAAGGAAACUAGACGGCAAAGAAAGCGACCUCUGGGUAGACGGCAUAUUGAUUCCCAAAGCGAAGGUCUACAAAGCAAUAUCAAGGUACCAGCCCUCUACGCUGGAACGGUUUCAGCCAGGUAAAGCUUUUUAAACUACUUUGCUAUCAACUGUCAAGUUUAUUGACUGGUUAACACUCCUCCAGCUUUGGACCGUCGUAGCCGUACGCCAGAAGGGUUUGUAGUUGCAA